UAUUUUGCCCCCAAAAAACGAUUGAGCACUGUGCAGACCCCCCACCCACUUGACUACACGCCUCAAACGGAAGGCCGCCUUGACAGUCGUAACGAGCUGCUGACUCGGUUUGAACGUGUCGGUAACCGUUAACCAGCAGCAUAAUUUAUUUUAAUCGUUUCGGACUCCCACAAUCGUGACUGGAGUUAUUUCCUUGUCCUUAACCAUGGCGGCGAGUGCAAAGCGUAAGCAAGAGGAGAAACACCUGAAGAUGCUAAGAGAAAUGACGAGUUUACCUCCCAAUAGAAAGUGCUUUGACUGUGAUCAACGCGGCCCAACCUAUGCCAACAUGACAGUGGGGUCUUUCGUGUGUACCUCCUGCUCUGGCAUUCUACGAGGCAUCAACCCACCUCACAGAGUCAAGUCCAUCUCCAUGACAACAUUCACACAACAGGAAAUCGAGUUUCUACAGAAACACGGAAACGAGGUGUGCAAACAUAUGUGGCUGGGCCUGUAUGACGAACGGGCUACCCCUAUUCCAGACUUCAGGGACCCUCAGAAGGUCAAGGAGUUCCUCCAAGAGAAAUACGAGAAGAAGAGGUGGUACGUCCCCCCUGAUCAGGCCAAGGCGGUGGCAUCGGUCCACGCCUCCGGCUCCUCCAACAACAGCAGCACCAGCAGCACCCCCGAAGUCCGGCCGCUCAAGUCUUUGCUGGGGGAGUCUGCCCCCUCCCUGCACCUCAACAAGAACACCCCUCCCAAUCAGUCCCCGGUUGUGAGCCGUGCCGCAGCGCACCAUCACCACCAGCAGCACUACCACGAUAAGAAGUUUGACCUCCUCAGCGACCUUGGCGGAGACAUUUUCGCAGCCCCUGCUAAUCCGCACGCAGGAUCCAGCGCCAACUUCGCUAACUUUGCACAUUUCAACAGCCACCCAACGGCUCAGAACGCCACGGCCAACGCAGAUUUUGCAAACUUCGACGCGUUCAGUGGCACGUCUGGUGGCUCCGGGGGUGCUUUCAACAGUGCUCCACCAGCUUCGUUCCAACCCACAAACACAGCGUUCACUGUCCUUUCAUCCAGCCAAAGUAUGGGGAGCGGCAUCGCUGGCGGGGUGAGCAACGCCGCCCCCGGUGGGGGGGCCCCUGGAGCUGGCGCCGGGCCCCCAGGCCAGGCCCCCGUGUUGAUGGGCGGGGACCGCUACGCUGCCCUAGCUGCGCUGGACACGGUCUUCAGCCCCCCGGCCCCAGCCACCAGCGUUUACAACCCCACCAGCACUUCACAAGGGGGCAUGUAUGGUUCGGGGACAGCGGUGUCGUCCACCCAAGCACAACAGGGCCUACCAAACAUGGGACAAGGCUUUGGGCCAACUCCGACUAACCCGUUUGCCGCUGCCCCCCCGGCUGCCGCCACCAACCCCUUCCAGAGCAACGGGAGAGCAGCCGCAGUAGCAGCCGCAGCAUCUUUCGGUACGGGCUCCCUGAGCAUGCCGUCUGGGUUUGGAAACUCCUCGGCCUACAACCUGCCCACCAGCUUCAGUGGAACCUUUCAACAGCAGUUCCCUGGCCAGCCCCCCUUCCCCCAGCCUCAGGCAUACGCCCAGCAGCCUAAUGGUGGGGGCUUUGCAGCCUUUGGUCAGGUUAAACCUGUCCCAACGCCCUAUGGCCAUGCGAUGGCUGCCCCUGGGGUCUCCAGUAACCCCUUCCUGGCCGGUGCCCCAGCUGCACAGUACCCGGCCGGAGGCUCCUCCACCAACCCCUUCUUAUAGCGCGCCAGCCAGCCGCACUACAGGGGCCCCAACCAGCGCGCUCGCACCUCUUGCACUGUUUUGUUUCACCAGUAGCUUUUAAGGGUAAGAAAAAGCAACAAAAAAAAAACAAUGUUUGUAAGAACGUGUAUUUUUUAUUUUCAUUUGGGAAAAACAAACAAGCAAUCGCAGACAAGACGAGACAAGAAAAGAACGUCUCCUAGCAACAGAAUUGCGACAAAGAUGAACAGAAGUAUGUGAUUGUGUGCAGAGGAAGAGGUGUGCUCCUCUCCGUGCCUCUGUUAAAACCUGUGAACUGGCCUGUACUGAGCCACAAUGUAUAUUCAAACUGGCUGAUAAGUUAUUGCAAAUAUCCUAUUCAUUAUGCUGCAAACGUGUACAGAUCUCUCUCUCGCUCGCGCUCUCUGAAAUAUUUAGCUCUCUGCAUAUCAGUAUUUGUAUCUUGCACCCACUCAAAAUGUUGUUUAAGCAAACUGUUCACUUGGAGAGUCGAUAGAUGCUGCCAUUUAGCAAGUUGUUUUGUGCAGUAUGGUUUACAGUGACCUUGUUAACCGAGGUCCAGAAAUGCUUUUGAGUGCGGUGCUAAUUGCUGCAUCAGGUAAGGGCUGGUCUCUCCUCCCCUUUGUUGUCCUCAACCCCUUCCUUUUAAAGGCACAGGCUCAAAAAAUAUCAGUUAGGGCUAAGACAUUUUAUGACAUGGAAGUCAUAUUACAAAAAAACAAUCCUAAAUGUUUAGGGGGGGUGAAAACCUGCAUGGUUUACCAUAAUGGUGUCCCAGCCCCACUUGCACCAGGUGUUAGAAUAUUUUAAUUUAAUGUGUAAAUAUAUAUAUUAAAAAUAAUUUUAACUAAUAAGGUAACCAAACCUUUAAUUUGCAUUGCAUUGUACAUGUUCACCUGUGAAAAUGUCCUUUUUUUUUUGUAUAAAAACAAUUUAUAUUAAUUGUCUUGUAGUCAAUCAUUUGAAGCCAUUGACAGUGGAGCCAAAACAUCCCAAGGGACCAAAGCUAGCAGUGCUUAUUAUUUAGUGUUUAUUGUUUAUUAUGGAUCCCCAUUAGUUGUCGCAGAAGCGGCAGAUAUAAUGCACUACUCUUCACAGUCUUUCUUCAAGGCAGACCCCAGGGUCUGGUGGAUCACUUUUUGAAGAAGCAGGCUCUUCGCUGCAUCUCCGCUCUUUCCAAAUGGUGAACACUCCACGUAUUGUGAAUAUAACUGCAAUGACUGCAAAAUAGCUGGAAUAUAUGGUGAACUAGAGGGGAAAAAUGGCAUUCAGUGAUGUGAGUGAUUUGAAUUUUUCUUUCUACAAAAGCAUGUUGUAAGUCCGCUGUCCUAAACUGUCGACUCACCUGAGGGAUGAUGGCUAGGCCCAGCCCUCUGCUGUCCACCACUAUAGCGGUAAUGAUAGUCUGCAAGACCAAAGCUCCGAAGUUGUUGACACCGAAAACCAGAGCAUAUCUUUCCAUCGAUAAGUCUGCUGCGAUUUGGAACCUGCGGCAGACAGGUGCUGUGUUGGGUAUAUUGAGGUGAAUUCCCCUUGUGUUGCACCUUUGUACAGCCUUCUUAAGGGGAUGAAGUUGAACUUAACUGAAAGGCUUUAAGUAUGGUGCUUCUUUGUCAACCCCGUUUCCACAUUUCACAUCAUGGGAUUGGCAAAAUAAAAAUAAUACUUGUCUACCGGCACAUCCUUAAACCCCUCAUCAAAAGCUUCCAAACCAUCUAUUAUCGUAUCACCUUUUUAAGGGCAGGAAGUUAUUUUGAACCAAACAUUACCGUGUGCAUACAUCUUUCUACUCCAAUAAGCAUGUGUCUGGUAUAUCAAUGUCCCUGAAAGAACCUUGUCCUUUCAAAAAUGUAGUGCCAAAUAUCGAAUAGCUUAUAUUGAUUUGGGGCGAACCCAAGCCAAAGGUUGGGAACCAUCAUCCUAUCAUCUACAAGUUUAUCUUUGGAGCAUCGUCUCAUCCUCUUUUGAAGCGCAAACUCACGUCGCUAUGGUGAUCAGCAGCAUGUACAGUCCCUUGAAAAUAACAUAGCCAACAUAGCACAGCCAGAUGCUGCCCGUGAAGGUCAUCAGGAAGAGAGCCGUGGCCUCCAGGCCUGAGAACGCACCCAGAGACAGCUCGCCCCAGUGGGACCAGUUGACCUGGAGGAAGCCUACACCAUAGGCCGUUGCAGCACCUUCAACAUAAACAAAUAUAGAAUUAAUUAUGACUGAAUGUUGGUGUUCAUGCCAACUCAAAGACUAUCAACAAAAUCCAUUCCUUAAGCAAGUGCUUUUUACCAAACAGAUUAGAAAAGGCUUCCACUCCUCCAUUGUACAUGGUGAAGUUUUCAGAAGGCUCGACAUGUUGCCACAGCACCUAAUGGAGGUAUAUUUGGAGUGCAUUGGACAGGUUGAUCCUCUAGUCACUCUCAGCUGCUGUUUUUUUUUAAUGGUAAGUCUAUAGUGUGUGUGUGUGUGUGUGUGUGUGUGUGUCGUUUCCCUAAUGCACACCUGUACAUAGUUGACGGUCUGGUUGUAGCCACAGGUGGCCAUGGCCCACCACACGGACCAGUAGAGCAGCUGUCUGGAGGAAUAACACUGGAGGAAGUCUGCCCAGAGCUGGAGAAGAACCUUCCCACAGCCAGCUGCACGGGCAGAACCCUCUCCUUCAUCUCCCUUCUCUUGCGCUGUAAGUCCAACUGUCCCCCCCUCCCACCCUGCCCCUUCACGUGUGUCUGUUUCCGCCGACACCACUGCCCCCCCGGCCUCUGUCGACUUCCCCGAGCCUUCUGGGGCGGGGCCUCGGUGGCGGUGGAAGAACAUGCUGCGCCGUGGCAUGGGUAAGAGGCAGGCGGUGAGCAGGGCUAUGGAGCUCAUGACCAUGGUGAAGACCAGGAUGCCGCUGUAGGACAGGAGGUCGAAGCUCACCAGCAGCUGGCCCAGCACAGCCCCCACGGUGUAGCCCAGGAGCUGCACGCUGCGGCAGUAGGAAGUGGCCUUGCGGUAAUGGGCCGGAUCUAUGACACUGCAAUGGAGAAUUAUUGAAAUACAUGUACGCAUGUUUGCUUUGCUGCUUCACUAGCUCUUCAGGCUCACCAGGGGGCUACAUGAUGGUUUUUCUUGGCUCUGCCUACCUAUAAAGAAAUUUGGGCUAUAUUGUGACCUUCCAACAACCAACAAUAUUAUUUGGAGAAGCCCAAUGGCAUCACAGAUAGGGUUUAAAUCAUAUAGAAUGUUACUAGUGGCAUCUAAAUCCUGAUCCUUUCAACCAAUGGGCUUACUCCCAUGAACACACCCGACCUGUAGAUGUAGGAGAAGUAGGCCACCUCGGUGGCUGUCACAACGCCGUAGAAGAACUGCAUCGCCUGCAUGGCCGCCACACUCCGCAGCCACAGCAGGAAGAUUGUAGUGAUCAGCAGGUUCACACUCUGGAACACCACCACUGGCUUGUAGCGCAGCCAAUCGGUGAGCAGGAACACGGGCACCAGCACGCACAGGUAGGAGUAGGUCCAAACUGGGAGGAUCUCGUUGAUCACCUGAACUCACGAUUCAUGGAUGCAAACCAUGGAUGUACAGCUCAUGGGCACAGGACUGCCACAAUAUUUGGAUUUGGAUUAAACAUCUCUAGAGAAAUCUAUUAUUCUGAUGCAAUCACCACUCCAGCACAAUCAGGAGCUAAUUAAUUCAUAAACCAAUUAGGGUCCCUUUAUGAAGUUGGUUAGCAAUCAUUGACUGGGCUGGUCUCUACCUGCUCUGUGGUGAGGUUCUUGUCAGGUCCGGUGAAGAAAGGGAUAAGGAAGGGUUCCAGGGGCUUCACGGUGCUGAAGAAGCCGUAAACACACAGUAGGAUGGUGGGGUAUGCCCAGCCGCCCCUCCAUGUCUUCAACCUCUCCAUAGGUCUUCCAAGCACUACCCCAAACGAUGUCAGGUUGUCCAGAGCUGUCCUGGUUUUUCUCUGAAACAGGUGUGCACGGUGGCUUCUCCACUGACAAUGGGUAGCUCCACUUAUUAAUCAUCAACCCGCUCAAAGGGCAGCUGACGACACUAAUUCCCAUUCUUGCGCUGAUAAUGCAUGUCGUUAAUUCAAAAGCAGACCUUCUGAAAACGUUUUACUUUAUUCAUCUGUUUUGGUUAUAAUCUGAUAUCAAGAUUUUUUUAAAUGUUAAAGUGAUACAGUGAACUGAGCAUAACACAUAUAGUACAUUCAUAUGGUGUAAAAAUACCUAACUUUCCCACACAAGGAAGGAAUGUCCAUUAGGUCAUAUCUUCAGCUUCUACAGAGUAGAGGCCAUUGAGGUAAAAAUACCAUGUUCAGUAAACAGGCAGGGAGGUGAUGGCCAACAUAGUGUUCCUGUUUGCACAAAUAGAACAUAUAGGACCCAGUUAAAUCUUCCACAUUAAAAAGGUAUCUAGCAAGGUAGCCGCUCUUGUUUUCCAGUGUUUUGGCAGUGGCUUAUGAGACCCUCGGCUCAUAUCAAAAGCGUUCAUCAGCAUUGAGAAUGUCCACACUGGGCUCUGGUUUUGGUUCCUUGGUAUCGGUUUGUCCAGGGCAACGAGCAUGUGCGCUUGCUGUGUAUAUCCCUCUGGUCAGGAAGACCACUGAAAUGGCCCCAUAGUAGCUACCAUAGACAAUGAACUAGAGGUUGGGGAAGAGAGAAACAAUAUACCUUAAAAUGAAAAUCAACAAGCAGUUGAUUCUCAAGGUGUAAUCCUUAUUAUCCACCACCAGGUGUCCCUCUUAUCCUGCUUGAUCGUUGAUGACUGUUUUGUCUAUGUCUAUCACCUCAUCUUACAAACCUGUGUCACAAUAUCCAGCCCAAGCACUUUUUCAUCCACUACGAUGGCGGUCAGAAUGGUCUGCAGGCAAAGGGCUACAAACGUGUUGAUUCCAAACGUCAACGCGUAACAUUCCAUGGAGAGAUUCGAUGCGAUCUGAAACCUAAGAGGAGACAUAGGCAUGCUCCUUUUAGUUAGAAUAUUCUUCACAUUUCGAAAGAUGUUUGCCAUGUGCACGAAGGACUCACGUGGUGAUGGUGAUCAGCAGCAUAUAGGAGGCUUUGAAUAUCACGUAGCCAGCGUAGCACGCCCAGAUGCUGGUGGUGAGUCCCAUGAGGAACACUGCCCCCGCGCCCACAGACGAGAACAUCCCCAGGGCCAACUCACCCCACACGGUCCAG